AUAUAUUUUUUUGUUAAAUAACAUUGUCCAUACAGUUGCGUAACCUAUUUAUUUCAGAUAAGAAGAUACAUUUAUUAAGAUACAUUUAAACUAAGGGUGUUAAAUCAUAGUAAGAUUAGAAAUCAUGGGUUCCGUGUUGCCCGCUGAAGCCCUGGCCCUAAAGGCUGGAUUUAAGCCACACACACUGGCUCUCUCAGACAUCAUCACCUCAGAUAUCCUGCACAGUUUCCUGUACGGCCGCUGGAGGAACGCGCUGGGAGAGCAUCUGUUUGAGGAGAAGAGCAGCGCCGCGGGUCCAAGAACGGCCUUCACCGCCGAGGUGCUGGCGCAGUCCUUCUCAGGAGAGGUGCAGAAGCUGUCAAGCCUUGUGUUACCCAGUGAGGUGAUCAUCGCACAGAGCUCAAUUCCCGGUGAAGGUCUUGGCAUCUUCUCCAAGACGUGGAUCAAGGCAGGCACUGAGAUGGGACCCUUCACUGGCAGGGUUAUUGCACCUGAACAUGUAGACCUCUUCAAAAACAACAACCUCAUGUGGGAGGUUUUCAAUGAGGACGGGACAGUGCGCUACUUCAUUGACGCCAGUCAAGAGGAUCAUCGCAGCUGGAUGACCUACAUCAAAUGCGCACGGAAUGAACAAGAGCAGAACCUAGAAGUGGUGCAAAUUGGAAGCAGCAUAUUCUACAAAGCAGUAGAGACAAUCCCACCAGAUCAGGAGCUGUUGGUGUGGUAUGGAAAUUCCCACAAUACAUUUUUGGGUAUUCCUGGGGUUCCUGGCAUAGACGAAGAGCAUCAGAAAAAGCAUAAAAACGAUGAUUUUCACGUGUGCGACACCUCGUCCUCCGCAGCAUCUCUGGUCACGGCGGGCCGCAUGCGCUGCGUGAUUUGUCACCGCGGCUUCAAUUCACGCAGCAAUCUGCGCUCACACAUGCGCAUCCACACACUCGACAAGCCCUUCGUCUGUCGCUUCUGCAACCGCCGGUUCAGUCAGUCAUCCACGCUGCGCAACCACGUGCGCCUGCACACUGGCGAGCGCCCCUACAAGUGUCACGUGUGCCAGAGCGCCUAUUCACAGCUGGCAGGUCUGCGUGCGCACCAGAAAAGCGCGAGGCAUCGUCCACCCAGUUCCGGGUCCGUGGUGGGGCUCCAGACCCCCUCACCUCCUCCUCCUCCACCUCAGAUGGCAGCGGUGCCUCACCCGGCCUCGCUGGUGCACCACAUACCCACCAUGGUGCUAUGAGCUCUUAAAUGUCCCUCUGCUUUAAACUUCAUAGAGCACAUGGCGCUGUUUGAAGCUGCGCAUCAUCUUAGCGGGUGCUGUGUUGUUCAUCCUCUCGGUUGCGUGUUGGAGACUGUGUACUUGAUGCACAGCGCGGAGGAGCUCAAGUAGUGACAGGACUGACAUGAGCGACAGAGUGCGUUUUUGUACGUUUGUUGUGUUGAAUUCCCAGAGGCAGAAUGGCAGACUGUGCUGCAUAUACAGUAAGCCUUGAAUCCAUUGAUUUCUGCCCUAUAAGGGUCAUCCUGAAGCAAUCAUUGUCAAUGAGGUGGUCAAAGUGUGUAAUCGAUUAAACUUUGCAUGCAAAUUUAAAGUGAUGAUUUGAUAAAAGGAGUGACAGCAUGUAGCAAACCCCCCACCCCAAUAUUGAGGUGAUCUAAAACAGCCACUUUUUUUAAUUAUCAUUAAUAAAAUCCCCAAGAAUGCACACUAUCAGUUUUGCGAUGUAUAUUACUGAAUAUGGGGACGGUUCAGAAAUGAAAACGUUUUAAGCCUCACCCUUUUCCACCGACUGACUCGCAUGCGAUCACCAGUGAGUAAAGUUCAGGAGCACAAAAUUGUAAAUUAUUUGUGUAAAGUAAUUUGAAUAUAGUUUUAAAAUCUACUUCUGCAAUUUACUGAACAGUCACUUUAUUUGUGUAUGUAUGUAAAACAUAA